UGUUGUAAAACCUCUCAAAUUCUCUAUCGUUCUCACACGCCGCAACGCAGCGAACCAAUCGAAUCCACGAAGAAAACUCGAUCAUUAGAUUACUAUGGCGACCAACGAACCCGAGCACGAGCACAGAGACGUUGAAGAAGCUGGAGCUAACGAGGACGAGGACACCGGAGCUCAGGUCGCUCCGAUCGUUAGGCUAGAGGAGGUUGCCGUCACUACCGGCGAGGAAGACGAAGACGCCGUCCUCGAUCUGAAAUCGAAGCUGUAUCGGUUCGAUAAGGAGGCGAAUCAGUGGAAGGAGAGAGGUGCUGGUACUGUGAAGCUCUUGAAGCAUAAGAGCACUGGCAAGAUUCGUCUCGUCAUGAGGCAAUCGAAAACUCUCAAGAUCUGUGCUAAUCACUUCGUUACACAGGGCAUGAGUGUUCAAGAACACGUUGGAAAUGAAAAGUCUUGUGUAUGGCACGCUCGUGACUUUGCUGAUGGUGAACUCAAGGAUGAGCUUUUCUGCAUCCGAUUUGCUUCUAUUGAGAACUGCAAAGCAUUUAUGCAGAAGUUCAACGAAGUUGCUGAAUCUGAAGUAGAGAAAGAAGAGAGCAGAGAUGCCUCUGACACCGCUGGUCUUCUCGAGAAGCUAACCGUCGAAGAGACAAAAACAGAGGAGAAACCUGUGGAGAAGGAGAAGACUGAAGUGGAAGCAGAUGAAAAGAAAAAAGACGAGCCAGAGAAAGCGGGUGAAGAAAAGAAAACCGAGGAGGCUAGUCCCUCAACUUAAGUUGCAUCAAAGUUUACGCUCCCCAGAUCUUGGCGAGACAUUAUAGCCUAUAAGUGUUAGAUGCAUCUCUCUCGAGUCUACCAUUGUCUGGGCACUAUCUAUCUACACAUGUUUUGUCGAGUCAUAUCGCUUGUGGUCGGGUUUUGCAGUGUCGUUUUUGGGUCUUUAGUUUUUGAGUCUGAAAGAGUCGGUCGAAUGAUAUGAGAGAUUCAGGGGAGAGGUUUACUUAUAUAAGUACAUUGGAUUUAAUUGUUUUAUGAUUUUUUUUUGCAUGGUCUUAUUAUAUGGGGGAUAGAGAUGAUAUUCGUUCACAAACCAA